GUCUUUUAUACUUCUAAUACACAUUACACGAUUUCUGGCCACGUAAACGGAAAUUAAUACCUUCCUCUCUGUCUUUCUCGCUAUAGAGACAGUCGAAACGUGACUUGUCUCAGUUAAGGCAAUCCUUGCUGUUCAUUUGAUCGCUUAUUAAGCUUUAGUUAUCAGUUAAUUAACGAAUACAGCAAGAUUAUUCUUAAUUAGCUAUAGCGAUCAACCUCGAGGAAUUAUCAGAUGUUUUGAUACUCAGUCUCUAUUUUUCUCUGCUUAGUUUAGAAACUAGAAAUUGACCGUGAUGGAGAUGAACAGUGUUGGAAGUGCACAGCCAACCCUCCGCACUUUGGUUUCAUACUCUGGCAGUACGACCAGUGUGACGGAGAUAAAACACGACAUGUACGCCGAGCACCUCCUCAACAAUCUCCACGGAGACAGGUCCAUGGAGACCUGUGACGUCAUCAUUAAGACCAAGGAGAACACGAGUAUAUUCGCUCACUCCGCAAUACUCCGUCCUACUAACAUUUACUUUAGGAAAAACCUCGACUUUAGAUUGUGCAAAGCUGGUCGGUACACUAUUGACCUAUCUCACCUCUCAGCUACUGCACUCCAGGACAUCAUUGACUAUCUGUACACUGGACAGUUUAACAUUGUGAACAAGAAGUUUCUGUCCAUGGUACUUACUCUCAAGGAGCUGGAAAUGGAAGAAAUCAUAGACCAGUGUAUGGAGAAGCUGAAGACGUCUCUGAGUGAUAAGAAUGUGUUUGAUAUCCUGGAACAGUCCACUGGGGAUAUCGGGGUACUGAACUCAGUGGCUAUGACCUACAUAGAGGACAACUUCAAGACACUUUACAAAAACGACAGGAUCUUAAGGUUGAACUGGGAGAGUUUCCACAAGAUACUGUCCAGUGACCGUCUCAACGUUGAGAAUGAGGAUAAGGUCUAUCAGUUAGCAUUAGCGUGGGUAGCUAAGGAUGACAUUGGAAGAAAACCUCACGUUACCGAGAUCUGCUCAAAAAUACGGAUCCCCUUCAUGACAGACUACGGACUACAGAACAUGGUGUGUAACAAGAACAUCCUGACGAGUAACGAGGAGUUUUACAAUAAUAUAGAGACGUUGCUAGGCAACCCUGCAGCGUUGCAGGUCCCCUUUUAUCAGAGGGUCAAUGAUAAGAUGGGGAAAAUAUUCGUGUUUGGGGGGUAUCUGAACAGAUCCCACAUUACUACCACUAUGGAGGUUUACAACAGGCGUACAGGAGCAUGGGAAACAAUAGAGGAGAUGAACAUGACAAGUACACCACCCAGUAUCUACUCGGCAACCAUGACUUCUGUUGCUGUUGAUAAUAAGAUCUACAUCGCAGGGGGACAAAGUGACAGCGGCACGAGGUUGGAUACCACCUUUGUAUUUGACGGUAUUCUCUCCAUCUGGGCCAGUCUUCAGGAGAUGCCGACUGUAAGAGUGAAGAGCGCUGCUGCUCGCUUUGGCAACUUCUUGUACGUCAGUGGGGGACAGAAGGAUAGGCAUACCAUGAACGAAGUUAUCAGGUUGAACAUACACCGGGAUUUGUGGGAGACAGUGAACCCCAUGAUCCACGCUCGACACAGCCACGGAAUGGUAACAGCCGGACAGAAGAUAUUCGCGGUCGGAGGGGACAGUGGAACAGGACCGGUAGCAACUGCAGAGGUGUUUGAUAAGGGUACGGGGCAGUGGAGCGAGAUUGCUAGUAUGAGCAAUGCCAGGUUUGGAUGUCAGCUGGUGGCGAUCAAGUCUCAAGUGUACGUGACCGGCGGGUGGAACGGCCGGAGAGCACUGCACGAGUGUGAGAAGUAUAACGAGGAGAACGAUAGUUGGGGUUACAUCAGUCCUAUGGCUACGAGGAGAUACGGUCACAUGGCUGUCUCCUUCGGUAGCAAAAUAUAUGUUCUCGGCGGUCAACAGGUGCAACAUGAGGACGCUAUCGCAAGUGUGGAGUACUACGACGCUGUAGAGAACGUCUGGACAAGAGCACCAGAUAUGGGCAAUGCCCGGGCGUGGGCGGCUGUAGGAGCCGUCAUGUGAGAUGUGGUGUUCGGUGGAAGAGGAGUGGGUCACCAGUAGGGCCCGGAAAUGGCACUUCAUCAGUUGAAAGACCAGGCGCUUUUUCGUUGACAUUCGAGAGAGAAAUCACCAAAAUUGCGCAUUUGAAUUCUUUGUUCUUCAACUUCUUGUCUUUACGUUCAAUUUUUGAGAUUUUGAUGCAAAGAACUCUCGAAGAAUACAGAGUUGUCUAUCUUACUCUUCAUGAUCAGAACUGAUAAAAUUGAGAUUUUCUUACCGUUUUAUUUUGUGUUACUUAUAUUUAUAUUUUAUUAAUUGUGUAUCUGAGCUAUCGGAUGGAAUUCUGGCAAGCUGUUUAAAAUAAUACUUUGUGUUGAAAUUGUUUUAGAUCUUCUGAUUGCACUUUCUGAAAACAACUUUUAAUUGUCAAA